AUGCUUAGAGAUUCGAGGAUAUUAGUUCUUGAGGAAGGUACCUCGUCAAUCAAUUUCGAAGCAGAUAAUAUUACCCAAGAAACAGUGGAUACAGAGUUUGCUGUUUGUCUCAUCCUAUGCAUUGCCUAUAGAUUAAAUACAAUUCUUGUUGUGGAUAGAGGAGAAGUUGCUGAAUUUGAUGCUCCCUUAGCUUUGUUUAACACCCCUGGUACUACAAAAUUCAGAGAAAUGUGUGACAGUCCAACAUUGUGGCUGAAGAUUUUGCAAUCAAGGAGUAAAAUACUAGUUUCUGCCAUUUUUAAGUAUUCAGUUGAUUACUUUUAUUUUCAGUAUUAA